CGGCCUCCAGCCCGUGAUGACCAACACGAAACAGCCCAUCUCAAACGUCUCUGGUCUCUUCCCCGUCGUCUCCCCUCCAAAACCCCACCGCGCGGCACCCGCCGUUCCCCACUUCCCCGCCGGUGCUCACUGCCUACGCUCCUCUCCGGCCUCCACCACAGCCUUCCAAGUCCCAAUCCCAUGGGCGACCCGCACCUCCUCUCCUCCGCCCACUCCGCCGCCGCCUCCUCCUCCUCCGCUCGAAAACACCCUGGCCCCAUCGACGAGCGCUUCUCCGAUCCCAGUCCGUCCAUCACCAAGCGGCCUAGGGUUGCGGCGGAGCCGCCCGCGCCCAGAGACUCGGCUCCGUACCCCGAGGCGGAGGUCCGAUCUCUCUUCAUGAUGGCCGGAGGAAUCUACCCUCUGGCGCGGGCCGAGGCGCUCCGCGGCCUCGCCGCGGUCCUCGAGAAGGUGGACGCCGGCUGCGGUGUCGGGGCAAGGAUUGCGGACUGCUGCUACGAAUGCGCGGUGGAGCUCAUGAGGGAUGACGACGAGGGCGUCAGGCUGGCCGUCGUGCGAUUGGUAGGCCUAUGUGCUCAGAAGUUUGCUGCGAGAACGGAUGUCGAUGCCAAGGGCCAUGGUGACCUCAUGGACUUGAUUUUCCUACAGCUUAGCUCUAUGGCUAGGGACAUGUGCACAAAAGUGAGAAUUGAAGCAUUUGGUACCCUUGGUAAAAUGCAACAAGUUUCCGAGGAUGUAUUACUUCAGUCGCUGUCUAAGAAGGUUAUAAAAACUGACACUAUGAGUGGUUGUAUCAUCAACGGGCAAAAGUUACCUCCUAAGUUAAAAAUUCCCUGUGCUGCUGGCAUUUUUGCCCAUGGAAUUGAAGAUGAGUUUUACCAGGUGCGAACAGCUGCCUGUACAUCAUUGGGAGCACUGGCAAAGUUUUCUAGUCAGUAUGCGGAGAAAGCCUUGGACUUGUUGAUGGACAUGAUGAAUGAUGAUACAGAAGCAGUUAGGCUGCAGACUUUGCAAGCACUAUUUCAUAUGGCAACAUAUGGAUAUUUGAGUAUGCAAGAGAAGCACAUGCAUAUGUUUCUUGGCUUGCUGGUUGAUGCCAAUGCCUCAAUUCGAAAUGCAGCACACAAGAUCCUUGGGUUAGUCAACCUGCCCAAACUUCAAAUGUUCAAAUCUGCACUUGAUGGUCUCAUUACAAGUUUGGAGAAAAAUCCUGAGGAACAAGACAUAUAUGGUAUUCUUUUUUCUAUUGGUAAGAAUCAUGGGAGCUUUUCAGCUAACAUAGCUAAACAUUUGGCCAAAGAGAUCACAAUGGCAUCUGACGGAGAGCUUAUCUUGGACAAACCUAGGAUCAAAGCAUUGUUGAUAGUGUCAAUCUCAGCACCUUUUUCUGAUGAUAAGCACAAGAAGUUGGACAUACCUUCAAUUAUCUUCUCACAUGCAAUUUCCCUAUUGGAGAAGGUUUCGUCUGCACUCGGAGAAGAGGUUAAUCAGGAUUCGAUUUUAUCCUACUUGUGUCAUAAAGGUGGAAUGCCAUUUUGGGGAAACAGACCAAUAUCUACAGAGUUUGGAGAAUCUGAAAGCUGCAAAGUUGAAACUGUGGAAGUUGGUGUCAAAAUAGAAAAUACUGCAAAGGCAGCUAAGUAUCUAGAUAGGGUAUUGCAAUCCAUGGAAUCCAUACUACAAACUGUUGAAGGAGCCUGGACUAUGAAAAUGUCAAGCGAUAUUUUUGAAGCCAAAACUAUUUUGAGAACAUGCAAAGAAGAGCUAAAAGUAUUGACUGAAAAUUCUUCUGGAUCAAUUGGUGCAUUCUCAAGCUUUCUAUGCGAUUAUCUUCAUGCAAUACACUUGAUUGUUGAAAUAUGGCAGUUGAUUAAAUUGGAUAAUUCUUAUACUUUUGGCUUAACAUCACUUGCUAUUUUACUGGAGAAGUUGAAUAUAUCCAUAAGAAGGCUGGAAUACUGUUAUGCUGGAUUAAAUGGAGAAUUAGAGGUUCAAGUGUUGGAGCUUUCUUUGUUAGCUAAUUUAUUUGGAUUGUCAAAGAUCGGAGCUUGUUCAAAGGUAGUUCUAGGUGAGUUGCUUUGGAUUAUUAGUCGCCUAGAAGGUCUGUGCGCUGAUGGGUCCUGUGAGCUCUCUGACUUCAGCAGGGAAAUUAAGAAAGCCUUUGAUGCCAAUCCUAUUGGCGAUACUCUGAUCGGCAACAUUCACACUUUGUUUGAACUCUUCCGUGUAAAACCAACAAGAGAUUUUGGAAUGCUUAAAGAGAUAAGUGCUGUGUUGCAAGUUUGUGAUAACAGUUCUGAGAAUCCACUAUCAUACAUUUGUGGAUUACCAGUAGGUAUCAGUUUUAACAUAUCUCUGUGGAACAUAUCUAGUCAUCAUAGAUUGUGGUUCCGCAUGAGCGUUGGUGAGUCCGUGCAACAUGCCUUCUUAGAGUUUUCCUCUUUUGAAGGUAAUGAGGAGCUGAAGAACGGCUCUAUGGUUGUUCCACUUGAUGCUACUCCAAUGGCGCAUUCAUUUGUCCUAAGGGUAUGUCUGCUAAUGGAGUGUUCAUAUGGUAUCAGCAUCAACCAGGGAGGACAUGGAGGACCGACUGAUUGUUUUGUCCAACUCUCUGAUGAACUGGAUGUUUAUUUUGUCAGUACUGGGCAAAGGUGAUGAAACUAGUGCUCAUCAUAUGCGCAUCAUCUUCAACACUUUUCUCCAGUAUCGUGGAUGGUUCGCAUGCUCUCACAAUGCAAAAGGUGGAUUGUAACAGGAGGCCAGAAAUAAGAGUAUCAUGAUAUCCAUUGAAUUACUCAUGUUCGAUGUGGAUGGACGAGGCAAGUGACUUGGAAAAUCCUCGCCUCAAGUCAUCCAGGAUUUCUGAGAAAAGGUUUCUUUUGUGCUGAGAUUUUUGUAGCAGUAGCAGCAUCAAAGCAGAUGUGCCACGUGUCAUAACCUUAUGUAUAGUUUGGAGGUGCAAAUGGUUUGCAAUCGUGUUGAAGCGAUUGGAGUUUGUACGGACUGUGAGCCUGAUGAUGGAGAAGGCCCAGCUUAACCUGCUGUACUGUGACGGACAAGAUUAUUGAGCCGCCUGCUCGAUUGGAAUUGCUCAGUACAGUCAAUGUUCUUACCAUACUCGUGAUAUAUAGGCCAGUGUACUUUGCUAGUUCUUCCUAGUAUAGGUUUUAAUUUGUGCACUUCACUUAGGAUCAUGUCCAGAUUAUUGAGAGAUCGCUGUCAUGGCCCUGA